AUUAGUAUAAAGACCAUAAAGAAGUGAGAGGCUCGAUUAACGCACCAAAACUGCAGAAAAAAUGGCAUCGCAAAAGCAACUCCACUUGACAGCGUUCAUGCGCCCGGUCUCCUUGCACACCGGUGCGUGGCGGUAUCCCGGAGCGUACCCGGAUGCGAACUUCAACUUAAAGCAUCUGAAGACGUUCAUUCAGGAGUUAGAACGGGCGAAGUUCGAUGCGUUCUUCAUGGCCGAUCACCUCGCCGUGCUUAAUCUCCCCGACGACGCACUGCGCCGCAGCCACACAGUGACUUCCUUCGAACCCUUCACGCUGCUCUCCGCACUGUCGCAGGUCACAGACAGGAUUGGUCUUGCAGCCACAGCGACAACGACAUAUGACGAGCCGUACCAUGUUGCGCGCCGCUUCGCGUCGCUGGACCACCUGAGUGAGGGACGUGCCGCGUGGAACAUCGUCACGACGGGGAAUCCGGAAACGAGCAAGAACUUCGGGCUCGACGAGCACGUCCAGCACGCAGAUCGGUACAAGCGGGCGCGCGAGUUCUACGACGUGGUGACCGGGCUGUGGGACUCGUUCGCCGACGAUGCUUUCGUGCGCGAUCAGGAGAGUGGGCUGUUCUUUGAGCCCAGUAAGAUGCACGUUCUGAACCAUGUCGGCGACGAUCUCAAGGUCAGGGGGCCGCUGAACAUUGCACGUCCUGUGCAGGGCUGGCCCGUUAUUGUGCAGGCUGGGCAGAGCGAGCCCGGGCGCCAGCUCGCAGCUGAAACGGCAGAGGUCGUGUUCUGUUCGCCGAAGGACCUUGAUGCUGCAAAGGUGUUGUACGCGGAUAUCAAGGGGCGGACGAAGAGUGCAGGGAGAAAUCCAGAGCAUCUUAAGAUUCUACCUGCGGCGUUGAUCAUCGUUGGCGACACGAAGGAAGACGCGCAGGAGAAGAGGCUCAGGCUUGACAGCCUGGCACACUCGGACUCCGCGGUAGCAAGCCUGAGUGUAGCAUUGGGCGCUGAUGUAUCGCAGUACGAUCCUGAUGGAUUCUUACCCAAAGACCUGCCGGAGACGAAUGCGAGUCAUACAUCGAGGGCUUCGGUGCUGGCGCUUGCGGAGAAGGAGGGACUGACUAUCAGACAACUAGCAAGUCGCUAUGGAGGAUUUGCUGGUCUUGCGUUUGUGGGCACGGUGGAGAGCAUCGCGGACGACUUUGAGGUGUGGCUCAAGGAGGAGGCAGCGGAUGGAUUUACCGUUUGCUUCCCAUUCUUACCGGAGGGGCUGAACAACAUAACGCAGAAGCUGAUUCCGGAGCUUCAGAAGCGAGGUUUGUUCAGGAAGGACUAUGAAGGGACGACAUUGAGGGAACAUCUGGGGCUGCCUAGGCCGAAGAACCAGUUCUUUGAGUAGUGAGCUACGAUAGGAGAGCUGCAAGAUUGAAUGACGAAGAUGCAAGCAAUACGAGUAUCAGUUCGCGUGUAUCUACACGUCUCUCAGCGCAUAUGCAGUGAUUUGGCC